AGGACAGGAAAAUUAGCUGAUCACCAACACAAUACACAAACCAAGGUGCAUGUUAUUUACACUAAACACCCCGCACGGGACCACUGCAAUGGCUUCAAGUCAAGUGUCAGGUGCAGGACUGUGCCCCCAGGACCCCCUCCCGGUGGUCAUCAUUGGCAAUGGCCCCUCUGGAAUCUGCCUGUCCUACCUUUUGUCUGGUCACAGACCCUACCUGAAGGAGAAGGUCUCCCACCCCAAUCCUAUCCUGCACCAGAAGGUACAGGAAAUAGCGGGAGAACCUUUGCUGGAACAGAACUUGGAGUACCUCUCUGAAGGUCUGGAGGGACGCUCGCUCAGCCCUCUCAGCCUGCUGCUGGACGCGCUGCUCCGGCCGGAAGGGGACCUGGGUGGGACUGCAGAGUCACUGCUCACCUGGCGCAGGGACCCUGGUCAGCACCUUGCACACCUGGUCCUAGGUAAGGGGCCAAUAGGAGGGGCCUGGCAGGCAAUGGAGGGAUCCAUGGUCACACUCAGCCUGGGGGAGUGGAUGGAGUUGCCAGACCUGUCCUUCAGGGACUGGAUGAUGAGAAGAGGAAGGCAACUCAGAAACAACCGUGCGACCACCAGGGAUGUGGCGCAGUACUACCAACACUAUGUUCAGGCCAAGUCCCUGCAACAGAACUUCUGCAGCGGUAUGUUGGUGACCUCUGUUAGAUUGCUCUGGCGAGAUGAGACCGGUGCCUGGAACACAGUGACGGAGUGGGGAAUGGGGGCGGCGGACCCCUCCGGCAUGCUGUUUGAGGUCCAGGGCGUGGAGGAUGUGCAGGGCAGCAGGCAGAGGCCAUUCCGUGUCUUUGCACGAACAGUCGUGUUGGCUACGGGGACGUAUGACUGCCCUGCCCGGUUGGGCGUGGAGGGCGAGGACCUGCCCAAUGUCUUUCACACCAUCGGAGACCUGGAGAGGAAGCUGCAGGCCCGCCAACUCGGCCCGGACUCCGAUCCUCUGCUGGUGGUGGGGGCAGGGUUGACGGCGGCGGAUGCGGUGCUGCUGGCCCAGCGCAGCGGUGUUCCCAUUGUCCACGCCUUCCGCCGUGCCGUGCAUGACUCCACUCUCGUUUUCAACCAGCUGCCCGCCCUCAUGUUCCCAGAAUACCACAAGGUCCAUGACAUGAUGGCCUGUCAGCCGCUCACAUCCUCUGGGCCGUACCGCGGAUACACCAGUCUGCCCUGUCACCGUGUGCUGUGUUUCCACCCUUCCGGAAAGAUCACGCUGGAGGACUGUGGUGGCAAGGGGAGUAAAAGAGAGAGGCGUAUCUUUGACAUCUCCAUGGCAAUAGUGUUGAUUGGUUCAAAUCCAGACCUGUCCUUCCUGCCUGAUGGUGGGCGUGGCCUGGCGCUCAAUCCUUGCCAGCCUGUUAGCGCCAAACGGAACCCGCUGGACACGGACCCUUUCUCGUAUGAGAGCACCCGGCAGCCCGGUCUGUACGCCCUGGGACCCCUCGCAGGGGACGGCUUUGUCAGAUUCCUGCAGGGUGGGGCUCUGGGCGUCACCUCCUCCCUGAUGAAGAAGCACUGUCAGCACAAGAGCCAACGAGUGACUCUGUAAGGACAGUGCUGUAAACAGGACAGCAUAAAGGAUAAACUGUUGGAACCUGAGCAGAGCUGGAA